UUUAUAUCAGUUCAUUCAUCGAGGAUUAAGGAACAGAACUGCGGGCUCAUUUAUUGCGAUUGUUUAAAAGUUUUAGACUGUUUAGAUUUUGAUUAUGAAUAUUUUCAGAUGAUGGAAGAAUAUCAACUGCGUGUCGACGACCUUCGUCGUCGUUUAGACGAAUCACUAGCGGCGUUUCAACGGUCGGCGACUCGUCGUGACACGAAACCGCGUGCGCUUCAUAUCGUGAGACAGAAUAACAUGGAGACUCUGAUUGAGAUUAGCAACCCAGGAGAACGUGCACGCUUUGAUCGUUUGAUGGCAUCGUCACCUUUGAACGUGAUCUGCUGCAAUGGCACUGCUCCAGCUGUUGCCACCAGUCCAGCGGAUUCCACCGAUUCGGGCGUCGCAGUUUCACCCCUAUCGUCUCCCGUCAGUGGUGCUAAGCAUUCACCAUUUUAUCAGUACUCGGAACAAAGUCGUAUGGGAAUGCGACAGCGUUCCGCGAGUGAAUGUGCCGAUUGGGACGGCAUUGUGCUGAAAAGUAUUCUCAAAAAACCUCAGCGUAUCGAUCGGUUUACGAGAUCUAUCUCGGAAUCUCAACACUUCACAUCGGAGCCCAUGCAUCUUUCGCUUCUGAUGGAGUCGACUACAGAAGUUGAUGAGAGCGAUGCUCAUACUGAUCAUGAGAAUCAAAUGGGUGGAGAGCGAAAGAAACGUGUCUCGUUCAGUGAAAAAGUACAGGAACGGCGUUUCCGCGUCGGGCAAUGUAUUCUAACGGCUGCAAAGAAAAAUGAAAGAAAGCGAGCUUAUAGGAAGCGUAAAGAGGAGAGGCAACGCAGUCUCAGUGAGGACGAUCAGAACUAUUCAGAAAAGGAAGCCUCAGGCGAUGUUGACUCUGAAGGGAGUGAAGAUAAACCUGGCCUUCGUUCGGAACGUCAAGAUAGUGGUUUUGUUGACGGCGACGAGAAUGAAUACGUGGACGAGGAAGAAAAAACAUCAUUUCCACCGAAUGGUGCUCUGAUUAGCGCCGAGGAUCGUUGGAAAAAUAUUGUACGUCAACAAAGAGAAGUUGCCACUCAUUGA